UUUUUACGCAGUCCGUGGGUGAAAGCAAAGCAAAACAAAACAAAAACAAAAAUCCAGUCUCUCGUUUACAAUCUUUGGGCAGAAGAAGGAACGGCCACGUGACUAAAUGGGGCAGUCCGUCUUCAGGCUCUGAAAAAAAAAAGCCAUUUUGUGGCGUCCUACUAUACAACGCGAAAAGCACUCUUUCUAUUCCGGAUUUUCGCACAUCAAAACGGCAGGUUUUUCUGCAAAACCAGUGUUCAUUUAUGUUACAGGUAAAGGUAGAGGGUUCGUUAAAAUAACCAUAAAUGUGGGCAAAUGCAGGAACAGAAGACACAGCACACGACUGCAGAUCCCCCAAGCUGGAGAAAAUGCACAGAACAACUCGGAUUAAAAUCACCGAGCUCAACCCGCACCUAAUGUGUGCUCUCUGUGGGGGCUACUUCAUUGACGCCACGACCAUAGUGGAGUGCUUACACUCUUUUUGUAAGACCUGCAUAGUUGGCUACCUGGAAACAAACAAGUACUGUCCAAUGUGUGAUGUACAGGUUCACAAAACCCGACCUCUCCUCAGCAUCAGAUCGGACAAAACCUUGCAAGACAUAGUAUAUAAGCUGGUCCCUGGGCUAUUUAAAGAUGAGAUGAAGAGGAGGAGGGACUUCUAUGCUGCUAACCCCACAGCAGAUGCUUCUAAUGGCUCAAAUGAGGACAGGGGCGAGGUUCAGGAGGAGGAGAAGAGGAUUAUCACAGACGAUGAAAUUAUUAGCCUUUCGAUAGAGUUUCAUGAGGGUAAAAAAAAUGAAAAGAAAUCAGCAGCAGAAAUAAAUGAGACGGAAAAAGAAAGGGUGAACAGCAAACGGUUUCUUCGAUGUCCAGCUGCUAUGACAGUAAUGCACCUUGCAAAGUUCCUUCGUAGUAAGAUGGAUAUUCCUAGCACUUACAGAAUUGAGGUCUUGUAUGAAGAUGAGCCAUUGAAAGACUACUACACACUAAUGGACAUUGCCUACAUCUACACUUGGAGACGGAAUGGCCCACUACCACUUAAGUACAGAGUUCAGCCUACUUGCAAGCGAAUCAAACUCUCCAGGCAGCCUGCCACCAACUCAGACGGCAUGAACACCAGUGCCAACUCAGAGAGCGAUUCAGUCAGUGACAAAGCAAACAGCCCAGCUACUGUGCCAUCCACAUCCUCUCCACUGCCCAGCCCUGGGCUCCACCGGACAUCACCUAGUCCCCACCACAGUACGCCUCCUCUUCCAGUUUCUGCACCAGCGCCAAACAGCACCACCAACAGCACACCACCUCUGCUCAAUGGCUCCUUGAACUGCCGCCAGCUGUCACCUUCCACAGGCCGUGGGCGUAAAAUGACUGUCAGCACUGGUGGGACAACCACAGCAGUAACAUCACCUCUCACCUAAGACAUCUGCCCAGAGUGCUGGGGAAAAAAUGUUGUUGGAUUGUAUCAUAUGCUACUUGGAUCAUUUUUAAUUCAAUGCCGGCUUUCUUCUCUUCUAAUUUAAAUGGACUGACUGGAAGGAGAAGUGUAUCGCUUUGCUUUUCUGUUUGCUAAUAGUUGUUUUUUUUCUUUUGGGUUUUUCUCCUAUUAAAAAAGGAAGUGCAGAGUGGGAUAUUAAGUACCACAGUGUGAGUGGUAUGUUGUAUGCGGUCAAAACAUCCCACAUGUCACAGGUUCACCACUUGUGAUGGGAAUGCUGUGCCUUUUGCAACUGGUGUGAAGGUAAAAGGAGGAAACCCUGUGAAGGGGCCAUACUGCUUGACUCAUCCUUGCCUUCCACUAGUUUGCUCAGAGCUAACUCUUCAGAACAGGUGUAGAAUGGAGAAUCUGUGCUAAAGGAAACGUUUAACACUGUGGCAUCAUAAAGAAAGACUGUGAUCAAUCUUUAAAACGUCAGCAACAUUUCUGUAUCCAAGGGAGUAUGUUUGUGCAGCACUGUGCAUCUCAAGAUGUUGGCUUGUGUUCAUCCAUCUAGGUAUUUUUAUAUCCCGAGGUUAAACUGGCAGCAACAGACGAGAUAGUGAAGACCGUCUGAUAAAAACGUGAGGAAAUUUGUGCACAUAAACAGUUUUAUCUGGACAAUUUGGCGAUCAGAAGUAACCAGACAUGCAUCCAGACACUUAUUGAAGAGAGACAACCUGCCAGCACGAGUCUGUAUUGUGUAGUAAUCUGCUUUAUGUGUAGAGACUCUUUUAUAUAACACACAAGUCUCUGAACUUUAUAUAUAUAUAUAUAUAUAUAUAUAUAUAUAUAUAUAUAUAUAAUAAUUAGUGUUUAUGCAUAUAUCUGUAUAUACCAGUAUAUACAAGUACACUAGGGCAUACACACGGCUUACAUAUGCACACAAACAGCAAAAUUUUAGUCACCCAACUGGUGAGGGCUGGGUGCUAUUACUAGUAUUGACAAACUGAAAAUUAAUAUAGCUGGACAUGAUUAUAUCAAACCAUACAGAAAUAUUACAGCUUGUAUAUUGCAGGUUACUUGUUGCUGCUGUGUGAGAGAACAGUUUGUAAUGUUCAAGCCAACAAGGUUGAAGUGAAGUACAAAGUUACAAAAAGGCUGGCAGGUGGCAGGCUCUGUGCUGCUUCACUUGGGACAUGGAAGACCAUGCUUGUUAAGUUUGGUGCCUAUGGAUACAUUCUAAUGCUUUUAAAACACAUACCGACUACUGCAUUAUUGGCUCCUAUCCACAUAGAUCCAAUCAGCUCUCGAUUUAUACUGCAUGUUCCUUGUGCCAGCCAGAGAGAUACUGUAGAACUAUACUUAUUCUUAAGUGCCAUAUUUUUUUUUUUCCUGGAAGAUGUGAAUUCUCAAGGUAGGAAUAGAAGAAACAAACUUAAUACCAAUGAAGGAAAAAGCACACACCAAUUAUUGUCUAAGAAGAAGAAAAGUGUAAACUGUACCUAUAUGCUGUUGUAUUAAGGUGUGGCUUAUGAAUGCUUAUCACAGCAAAUUAGCAGCUGUCAUAGCAGUGAGACAUUUUUCUGCAAGGCAUGUCUUGAAAUGUACCAGCCUAUCCUGAAAUGACCUACUUUCAAAUAGAUUAUUCCCUAGUCUGUUUGAAAAAAAAAAAAAAAAAAAAAAAGUUUAUGCCCUAUUUCAGUAUGCCUGGCAUAACAGAGGAAAUACCUCAAUUUUUUUUUUUUUUUAUGUCAGUGUCGGUUUAUCACCUGCCUUCUGCUUGAUAUAUUUUUCAGCUACAAUUAGUAAGAAACUGUUUCUUGUAUCUUUCUUUUCCACAGUGCAGACAGAACUUAAUUUCAGCCCAGGUUGUGACUUCCCUGUCGGUGGCACCAGUAAUUUACAAAGGCUAUAUAAGUUCAGACAGACAAGUGCAUUCUUUAGGAGCUUGGAUUGAUCAAGUUCUAUCAGCCACAUUACACUGUCAUGAAAAUACCCUCCUGUUCUAGAAACAGCUUUCUAUGUAUGUACAAAAAAAAAAAAAAAAGGUACAACCAAAAUAACUGUUGCUGCAUCCCGUAUUAUGUUAAAUGUAGUGUAAUAUAUGGUGUUUAGCCUAUAUUGUUAUUGGAAAAAAAAUGUAUAAUUAUACUGCUUUGUAAAUGUAAUCAAAGAAAACUACCCCCUGCCCCAGUGAGCAAGUAUGAAAUACUUUUUUUGUAUACUGAAAUAAAAAAGCAUCUUUGUGGAUUAA